UUUAAAUACUACCAACAUACCUACACAUUAAUUCAUAGGUUACCUUGCUCUUGGGAAUUCAAAGGUUAUGUUACUGGGUGCAGUUGCAAGUUGUGUAACUGAAAAUACUUCAUAGGUAGCAGGUAAGUGUUUGUAUUAGUUUUCAUGUCAUGCAUUUUUCUAUACCCUUAAUAUUAGCUGUCUAAACAGAAUCUAUCCAUAACAUCAUUUAAUUUCAGUUGUGAUUCUUGGUUUACUGGUCUAAUGUAGCCUUUGCAGUUGAGCUUCAGCCGCCUGCCCUCAUCAGGGUCAAUUGCUGCAAAUUUAAAUAGGCAUUUACUUCAUCUGAUGGCUUGAAAUGGUCUUUCACUGAAGAAGUACCUCUUGAGUUUCAUAAUUUUUCAAUGUUAUUAGUUGAUAAAUGGAAGAUAUACUUGGUGAGUUUAACCUCUCACAUCCAGCAAUAUCAGAGACAAUAGAAAUUCUAUUGUGUCAAUGGGUUGUGACCUGAGUGGUUAAAAAUGAUUUUGAGGUGGCUCUGUGGGCAAGGGUAAACUUACUUCAUGUUGAACUAUUAAUAAAUAUACUUAGCACAGAAAUAAACCAUAACUACUUGAAUAACAAUUUAAAUACACAAACUAAUUGCCAUGAGUAUCCGGGUUGAGAUGUGACCUAUAAAAGUGUUCUUUACAAACUCACUCCAUCUGUGCAGACUCUCUAACCGUGAUGCCCGUCGACGCCCCCGCGCCCUCCGCGCCCCCCGCGCCGCCCUCGCUGCAGGCCAUCAACCAGGAGAUGGACAAGCUCAUGCAGAAGUACAAUGUGGUGAGGUUCACCGAGCCGCCCGCGUCCCCCUCGCCCCCCGCGGCCCCCGCGCCCCCGCAGCAGGGGGACGUCAACAACAACCAGCCGGGCGCUGUGAAGCGCGAGCCCGACGAGGCGCGCGAGGGGGAUCAUGAGAUGGGCAUCGCGUCGCUGUCGGUGGCGGGUCUGUACUGCCACGUGUGCCGGCUGGCGGUGCCGCGGGCCCUGCUGGUGCAGCACCGCGUCGGCGCCGCGCACGUGGCGCUGCUGCGGCUGGCGCUGGCCGGCGCGCGCCGCCUGCACGACCACGCGCAGCAGCAGCUGCACCAGCUCACGCAGCUCAUACAGACGGAGCCGGAGUCCCCGCCGGCGGGCGUGCACUACUGCGAGGCGUGCAACCUGGCGCUGUGGGGCAACCUGCGGCGCGCGCACGACGCGUCCCCCGCGCACCGCCUGGCGCGCGCCCGCCUGCGCCUGCUGGCGCGCCUGCUCGAGCUGUACGAGGAGGAGCCCGCCGCCGCCGCCGCCGCCGCCGAGCCGCCGCCCGUCAAACACGAGCCAGUGGCCGCGGACGAAGAGAUGAACACGUGUUCACCCAUACGCGAGCACGCUGAAGAUGCGUCCAACAAGAACACAGCUCAAGAUGCGUGCCUCAACAAGACGUUUAGAGAGCCGAGAGAGGGGAUAGAGAAUGACACGACGAGGGAGCUGGAGGAGCCGGCGGCUAAAAGGGCGAAGCCGACGAGUCCCGAGCCAGCGCCGACCGAGCCGGCUGCAGGUGUCACUCCACCCGUCACAACGCACCAGAGUGUGACGUCAGCUGCGGCCGCGCCCGCCCCGAGCGAGCAGAAGGAAGCGUCAGUGUCGUACACUCCGGACUAUCCACCACCACGACUGGAUACGCCGAAGCUAGCGAGGCGCCCGACCCCGAAAAUUAUUAAACUGCGCUCCCCGAAACAUAACAAAAUGUCUUCCGAAGUACAUAAGGCACCGGUUCAGGCGGCUACUACGCAAGCACAACAGGCGCCGUCGACUCGGCGCGUGCUGCUGGGCGCGGGGCCUCAACCCGCGGAGACGGCGGCGCGGCGCGUGCAACCCGCGGAGGCGGCGGCGGCGGCGCGGCGCGUGGCCUCGCAGGUGCACCGCGUGGCGCCGCAGCAGCCGCAGCCCAUCCCCACCGCCAGGCAACAGCCGAGGAGGUCCGCCACUCCCAAAGGCAACCAGUCGGUGCACCGCGGCGGCAGGGUGGGCAAGCGGGAGCGGGCGCCGCGCGGCGCGUGCUGCUGCCGCGUGUGCGGCGAGUGGCUGCCGCGGCGCCGCGACGCGCUGUGGGCGCACGUGCGCGCCGCCCCGCACGCGCGCCGCGUGCACGCGCUCAACCAGCACGCCGCCUACGGCCUGCCCGAGCCCUUCUGCUCCGAGUUCGAGUCCUGGAUUAAUUAUUAUUCAUACCAAAAUUACUACUAGUUGAUGGACCGCAGCGCGCUGACAUGGACCCACUACCGCCAACACCAGAAUGUCCAGAAGCUAAGUAACCUUUAUCAGUGAGCAUAUCUCAGUGGGUUCAUAUGACUAUGAUUAGCCAUAUUAGUGCGCGAAGCUCCAUAAAUAUUACUGUUUCAUAGAUCUCAUCCUAGCUUUUAGUUGUUUAGGGCCAUUAGAGUGGCUUUGGUAGGCUUUUUGAGACUGAUAGUCGUAAAUAACUGCAGUAAGUAGAUAUUUUAGUAAUUAGUUCAAGUAGUUUUUAAACCAAAC